AAAACAUGGCUCAAAAGCCGGGGACGAUGGCUCAAAUGCGAAAUGGCACAAGCGGCGGCGACAAACGCCAAUACGAGACAGAAGUGAUAAUUUUAAAUCAAUGCAGAAAGUUAAAUGGUCAGAUCUUCAUCCAACGGGACUACUCGAAAGGCCUCGACGUGCAGUUUGAGGCUGAAUAUCCGGCAAGAUUAACUGAAAAAGUGCCACGCGACGUCUGGGAGAACACAAUUGUCAGGAUAAAUAGGAUAUUUGCAGACGCUGAAGCGAUCACGCCUCAAACGAUUUUCGAGACGGUGCUGGGCUGUUUCACGUGCUACGCCUCCUACGCCAUCACAAAAUCCACGUAUCGGCGGAAACUCGACGAGCUGCAAGAGUUUCUGAAUCGAGAAAAUCGAGAAAUCUAUCAUCACGUCGGAUUUCACAUCAGAAAUCCCAUGGAGAGAGGCUUGAGAGUGCUCGAAAUUUCCCUGCUCUCGAGGCAAGGCGAAACUCCACGAGAUGACGUGGAUUCUCCAGGCGGCGCGAUUCGAACGAUCUGAAAAUUUUUUAAAAAUUAUCGCUGGCAGAACGAACAACAAUGUUUAGGGAAAUUUAAUUUCUUUGUUUAUUUUGUCCUUAUUUUCAUAUUUUCUCCUUAUUUUACAUCCAUUCGAUCCCUUGAAUCAAAUCCAGGUGCGAUAUAUGUUAUGUUUUUUUUUUUUAAUUUGAUUUUUCCAUCAUCAAUCCUCACUUUUUAUCAUCAAUAAUUUGUUCUGAACACACAUUCACCAAGCUUUAUAUAUAAUUAAAAUACCCAUCACUAAGUUAAUCUUUGUUUGUAUCAUAUUCCCUUUACUCUUAAAAAAUUCAAAUAAAAAAUAACAAAUC